AUGGAUAACCUAUCUCUCCCUUUUGUUCCCCAUCUCCUCACUACCAUCACCCCUCCCCUGCUCCUCCCACAUCGCCAGUUCAGCAAGACCCAGAAUGUGGACUACCUCACAGGUCGUGUGUGGAUUGGCUUCUGGCUCAUGGUCAUUGUGAUCAUCACAGUGGCCUUUGAGGGCAGCUUACUGGUGCGCUACAUCUCACCUUUCACCCAGGAGAUCUUUGCCUUUCUCAUCUCCAUCAUCUUCAUCUACGAAACCUUCCACAAUCUUUAUGAGGUCUUUGAGGAGAACCCUCUCCUGAAGACAUAUCCACCCAUCCCUCAGGUCAACACCAAUCUUAGUCACCAGUUAAUACAAAGUGACCAGCAGAUGCAACCCAACACUGCCCUGCUUUCCCUUGUCAUGAUGGUUGGCACAUUCUUCAUUGCGUAUUUCAUGAGAAAAUUCCGGAACAGCCGAUUUCUAGGAGGGAAAGCCCGGCGCAUCAUCGGAGACUUUGGGAUUCCCAUUGCAAUCCUGGUGAUGGUCCUUGUGGAUAUCUCUGUCACAGACACAUACACUGAGAAACUCAACGUGCCCCUGGAAUUUUCCGUCACAUCCCCAGAGAAGAGAGGCUGGUUCAUCCACCCAAUGGGGAAGGAUCAAAACUUCCCAACAUGGAUGAUCUUUGGCUCAGCGAUUCCGGCCUUGCUGCUAUUCAUCCUGAUCUUCAUGGAGACAAACAUCACAACUCUCAUUGUCAGUAAGAAGGAGCGGCGGCUGGUCAAAGGGUCUGGAUUCCACCUGGACCUGCUGCUAAUCGGCUUGGCCGGUGGCUUUUGUGGCAUCUUCGGGCUCCCGUGGCAGACAGGUGCUACCGUACGGACAAUCGCCCACGUCAAUGCCCUUACCGUGAUGAGCAAGAGUACAGCUCCCGGAGAGACCCCCAGGAUCGAGGAGGUGAAGGAGCAACGCAUCACUGGCAUCACGGUGGCAUUGCUUGUUGGUCUCUCUGUGGUCAUGAGUAAGAUUCUCCAGUUGAUUCCAAUGUCUGUUUUGUUUGGAAUCUUCCUGUACAUGGGUGUGACAUCAUUAACAGGAAUCCAGAUGUCUGAACGCCUGCUACUGCUGUUUAUCCCUUCGAAACACCACCCAGAUCAUGUCUACGUGACAAAAGUGAAAACGUGGAGGAUGAACCUGUUCACAAUGAUCCAGCUGAUCUGCGUCGCAGUUCUUUGGGUAAUCAAGUCCACCAUCAUCUCCUUGGCAUUCCCGUUUUUCCUGAUCCUGACCGUGCCGACGCGGCGAUACCUGCUGCCAAAGGUUUUCAAGGAGCGGGAACUGAUGGUGCUGGAUUCUGAAGAGACACAUCCCAACCUCGAUGAGGAUGGACAUGAUGAAUACAGUGAGCUGCACAUGCCACUGUGACACAGAGCAUAAGAAGGGACCUCCCCCUCUCCCCUUCCCCCACAUCU